UAUUUGACUGUUACUCAUUCCAGAAGCACCGCAGCAUGGCUUCGUGAAUGUGAAGGUAAACAACUUGAAACAUAAUUUUUCCCUGUUUGGGAGGAUAAUAAAGUGGCUAUUUUUGCUAAUAGAAACAGUGUGUGCCCUUUAUCUGGGAUACAUAUGUAUGUGACACAGCGUUAACUGUUUUCGUUUACAUCUCACCUAAAAUUGGCUUCUUUCAAAAACGUGGCUGUGUAACACAGCAAAUACUCCCUGAAGUUUAAAGAAGUGCGACCACGAUGUCUAAAAUCAAAGGAAAGGAAACUCCUGCUGGAAAAACGCAACAGCUGACGUCCAAAGAAAAAAGGAAGAAGUUUUUUAUAAAGCAUAAUCGUAAAAAACAAACUUCCCAAAAGACUCUAAACAAGAAAAAUCUAGAAAAUCCUGGAGCAAAGCAAACUGCACCACCACAGGAUCCCCAACAGUUUUCUUCCAACUGGAAAGCAUUACAAGAGAUCUUAAAGAGCAGUCAGCCAGAGAAGAAGCAGCCUGUUACACCAAAACAUCGGAAUGGUGUCUUCCCUAAGAAGUUUAAAGGAAAUGAGCCUAAAAAGUUUCAAAAUAAGAGCCCUGCUCCCAGCCAGGUGCACACAGACAGAGAGGGAAAAGUCAAAAGUGGCGAUGCCCCAAAGGAGGAUGGGGUGAAGGCAAAGAUCCACGCCGCCUUAGACAAACUGCAACCUGGUGGUGCAAGGAAAAGGCAAAACGAAAAGACAGACAAUGAGAAACCAGCCAAGAAAAAGAAGCCCGUCACUGAAGAGAGGAAACCCACAGAGGAGGACCUUUGGUUUGAUGACGUCGACCCUGACGAUAUUGAGGAAACGAUGGGAGCCGAGGCUGCAGAGAUCAUGAGGAGGAAACAAGGCAUGAAAACAAGCAAGAACGUAGAUAGCGUUCUGGUAAAAGAGAACGCCUUUGAUGGCAUCACCAAAGCUGUAGCUAUUGAUUGUGAGAUGGUGGGAGUCGGUCCAGAUGGGGAGGACAGCAUCCUGGCACGUGUGUCCAUCGUGAACCAGUUUGGAAAAUGCAUCUAUGACAAAUAUGUCAAACCCACAGAGAAGGUGACAGACUACAGAACAGCUGUCAGUGGGAUCCGACCGGAACACAUUAAAAAUGGGGAGGAUGUGCAUGUUGUGCAAAAGGAGGUGGCUGAAAUUCUGCAAGGAAGAAUUGUGGUUGGUCAUGCAAUUCACAAUGACUUAAAGAUUCUUCUCUUGGAUCAUCCAAAGAAGCACAUUCGGGACACUCAGAAGUAUAAACCCUUUCGGAAGACUGUAGGGAGCGGCCGACCUUCGUUGAAACUCCUCUGCAGAGAAAUCCUGCAUGUGAAGGUGCAGCAGGGAGAACACUCUUCUGUCCAAGAUGCUCAGGCCACCAUGAGGUUGUACACUUUGGUGAAAAAACAGUGGGAAGCAGAGUUGAAAGCAAGCAAGAAAAACAGCGACUCUAAUAAGAAGAAUGAGAGGAGGCCCAGGAAAAAACAAAAUCAGUAAACACAAUUAUCCAAAUAUAACUUAUAAUUCAGAGGUUAAACAUAUGUUUUGUAAAUUAAACUUUUCACAAAAAAGUGUAAGUUCUUUUAAAAAGGAAGACAAAAUAUAUCAUCAUGGAUAGCCUGAUUCGGAUGGAGACUUGUUUGUUUAAAGCACAGUGCUGCACAUUUAACCUAUUUAAACAGGAGGCUCAAAGCUUUAGCUUGAAUUUGUAUUCAUUUUUUGUCAGCCUAUGUAUUAAAAAAGAGAGAUCUUAAAAAAUGUAGAAAAAAACGUAAGUAUUCCCAGAAGGGUUGUAAAAAUGUUAGAUGGCCGUCACAUGUAAGUUUCAACAGUUUUGUGUGUCUGAACAUUCGUUUGAGCGUAAAACCAUCUUUUCCUGUUAAGACAUUUUCCAGCAGUGAAGAAGUUGUUUUUCCACAAUGUAUCUUUUACCUCUGACAAAAAAUGACCCCUGUAUGUGCAAGUUCAAUGUCUGUUGAUGUAUUUUUUUCAUAUGGAUUAUUGUUUUUUAAAUAAAUUGAGAAACAAUU